GGAUACCUGGCUUUCCCCAGAAUGGGGCGCUCUCAGGGAAAGUCAGAGACAGCUGCCGAGUUAGGAAACUGCUGCGGUGUGGGACUGAAAAGCGAACUCAUUAUUGGGCACGAAGGCAAAGAGGAUCUUCGGCCAAUCUGCUCCUUCAAUGCUGAAUGUUGCCAGGGACUCCGGGAGCUGGCAGACCAAAAACCUGAUGGCACUUACUACUCCAUGUGUGUCCCUGAUUUCUCUUUCGGUCUAGAAUCGAACGGCCCUUCAUCUGAAGUGAUAAAGAAACUCAAAACACUGAUAAGGAAAUAA